ACAGGCGGAGGAAUACUCUGGUAUGUCCUCGACCCUCACGGUCGUCUCCCAAUUUUGCAGAUUUGUCGUAGCAUAAUUGGAUCCGACCCGCGGCCAGGAACUGCUUUUCCGGCCGUCAGAAUUGUUUUAAAAACGAUUCAGUAAGUGCUAUUCCGUAAUUUUAGCGAUCGCGACGAGAAGCGGUGGGAUCUACUUGUUCGAGCGCCCCGGCUAGCCGUCAGGAGCUGUGAUUGGCGAGUAAAAUGUCGGCCUCAGCAAAAUAAGCGCACCGUGCGUGAUUUCUGGAGUGCGAGCUUGGUGUUUUUUCGUGAUCGCGCGUGUCGGGCCGAAGUGUCGGCAGACGAUGCGGCACAGCGGGUAAUCGGAUGCCGGCCGAGUUCAUGCCGAUAUGUCGUCGAUGCUGCCGUUCUCCCCGCCGAUCGUGAAGCGACUCCUGGGCUGGAAGAAAGGCGAGUGCGAGGACAAGUGGAGUGAGAAGGCCGUCCGCAGCCUGGUGAAGAAGCUGAAGAAGUCUGGUGGACUCGAGGAGCUGGAAAAAGCCAUCACGAACCAAGACCCGAAGACGAAGUGCAUCACCAUCCCCAGUCCACGAGGCGCGCAAAACUCGGCGUCAGGCUCGAGAGUGGACUCCGGGGGAUCGACCUCGUUCAGGUCCCUGGACGGCCGUCUGCAGGUGUCCCACAGGAAAGGUUUGCCGCACGUUAUCUACUGCCGGCUGUGGCGUUGGCCUGACCUACAGAGCCAUCACGAGCUGCGCGCCCUCGACGUUUGUCAGUACGCCUUCAACCUCAAGCGCGACGAAGUCUGCGUCAACCCAUACCACUACUCCCGAGUGGAACAGCCAGAGUUGCCCGCAAUUUUGGUCCCCCGCCACACAAUUACGGGUGAAAACGACGAAUACCCGGUGCUCGACGACAUCUCGACGUCGUCGGUGCCUGAGAACACCAACUUCCCAGGGCUGGCCAACCUGGCAGGCCACGCCAACCUGAACCACCUGAACAGUCUCAACAACCUCAACUCCUCAGGGGGCAGUAGCCUCCACAGCUCCAGUCUCGUGGGCAGCUCGCUUAGCAUUUCGGCCUCCUCAGCCACCUCCACAGCCUCCACCAUGAGUCCAGGAGGAGGGCAGGGUUCGGCCGCAUCUCUUAGCCCCGUGCCACCCACGGAGACGCCGCCGCCUGGCUACAUGUCCGAGGAUGGCGAAAACCAAGACCAUAACGAUAACUUGAGUCUGUCUCCGGACUCGAGUCCACACGUUGACUCCCAGCCUGUGAUGUACUGCGAACCAGCCUUCUGGUGUUCGAUCAGCUAUUAUGAGCUGAACACCAGGGUCGGUGAAACCUUUCAUGCAUCUCAGCCAUCCAUCACUGUGGAUGGUUUCACAGAUCCAAGCAAUUCAGAGAGAUUCUGCCUUGGGCUGCUGUCUAACGUGAACAGGAAUCAGGUUGUGGAGCAGACAAGGCGUCACAUCGGCAAAGGCGUGCGCCUCUACUACAUCGGUGGAGAGGUCUUUGCCGAGUGCUUGAGCGACUCGUCCAUUUUUGUACAGUCGCCAAACUGCAACCAACGGUAUGGAUGGCACAUGGCCACCGUGUGCAAAAUUCCUCCAGGCUGCAAUCUCAAGAUCUUCAACAACCAGGAGUUUGCAGCAUUGCUUUCUCAGUCGGUUAACAAUGGCUUUGAGGCUGUGUACCAGCUGACGAGAAUGUGCACCAUACGAAUGAGCUUUGUGAAAGGAUGGGGUGCAGAGUACAGGCGCCAAGCAGUGACGUCUACGCCGUGCUGGAUCGAGCUGCACCUGAACGGCCCUUUGCAGUGGUUGGACCGAGUGCUGACCCAAAUGGGAUCUCCCCGCCUACCCUGUUCCUCAAUGUCAUGAACUCCUAGCGUGAGCCAAGAAGAGAGGAUGGACAAAUCUGGGUGAUCCCAGUCAAGUUUAAUUAUUUUCCGAGGUGUUUUGUGUGUCAGCAACAUGAUUAGUAUUUUGUUGCUGAAACAAGAAUCGUAAAGCUUCUGGCAAGCCAUCAUUUACUCUACACACAUUUGACUUAAAAAAUUUUCUUUUCUAUAUUUUUGAAUAUAUAUGAAAAUCAAAUGCAGUGUUAACGGAAUGCGGCUGGCAAGCAGGUUGACGAUGCAAGAAGAAUCGCGGAUCGGCGAGCAAGCAAGUUGUUUGAAACAGUAGGACCAUUCGGAUAACAUUUUGUGUAUUCUAAUUGUAGUUACUAACAGACGUACUUUUAAACUCUUCAGCCACCAUGCUAUUGUAAAACCUUCCCUUGUGCUGCUCCUCUCUUUAACAAGCAUGCCUCCAGUUCCUACCCGGGUGAAAAAUAUACUCCGAGGCUGACGAAAAUGACGAACCCUCAAAACAUGCUGCUCAAUGCUCUCUAAAUAAUUUCAGUCUUGCCUAAAGCUGCAGAAAAUGUUAGAAAACCCUCGGUUUUGUAUUUAUUGAGAAAAUCCCUCCGUGCCAGUUCCUUCAAAAUUUUAGUUAUUAUCUAAUUGUGUAAAAUUGAAAUUAAUUGUCCUUGAUACGAUUUUAUUGUAAAUUGUUCAGAUGUUUUUUAGAAAUAUUUAUCUUGAGGGUAGUUUAAAAAAAUCAAAUUUGAACGCUGUGUUGGCGAAUAUUUACUAUUAUGUCAUAUUAUGUCUAUGUAAUUCAUAAAUACGUUAAGGUACCCCCUUGGUUCCAGUUACAUUUUUCUAUCAGUGCCAAUACCUUUUUGUAAGAUUGUCGUCUGUUACUUAAACAGAUUCCAGACACGCCACUCCCGACGAGAACAGGAGUUUUGUCGAGUGUCGUGAAUCAAUUCUGUCAUUGUUCACCAUCACAUGGAAAUUUUUCUAAAGAAAUUCUAUGUUUUGUUUUUCUAAAACACAGAAUAUUUACUCGGAAAUUUGUGAAAGACGAAUUGGCAGGCCAUUUCUGGUAAUUGUGGCCAAACCACAAUGUUUUGCCUGGAAUAAGUUAAUUCAACUGUUGAUUCAUAUCUGACGAGAAGUAUAUAAUAUUUUGCAGUGCCAGUUCCUUUAAAAUUUGGCCACAGUAAAUGGAAACCAGGGCUGUUGAAAUUCAUCUCAAGACAGAAAGCUAAAGAAAUCAAUACUAAUUAAAAAAUAGUAUGAUUAUUAAAUAAUAAUUUAUAAACGUGAUAGUUAAUAUUAGAAAAUAAAAAUAUCUAAAAAGUAAAGAAAAUUCAAAAUUAUAUAUAUUAUAUAUUUAAAUAUGAAAAAAUGAAUAUCUAAAAUUAUUAAAAUGUGUAAUCAUCUCUGUAGUCCGCAUAAUCUGGAGGACAUAGUUGUUUGACGAAAAUUAUUGCUGGCAAGAAAGGAAAUAAUAAUUCAGAAAUUCAGCCUAUUCCAUUUGUAUUAGGCUCGAGUCUGUACUCUGCGCCAAUUCACUCGCUCCUGAGCGUAGUUGUUAGUAGGAUUAGAUCAAACCUAGUUCUCAUUUUACUCAUCAGUGUUUUUUCACGCUGAGGCUUCCCUUUGGAAGACCAUUUUAGGUAUUUGACCGGGAAGCCUCGGGUGCAAUGUUGAUUAAGUCUCGCCAGACAGGUAGCGACUCCAUAGCCCAGUGCAGCUACUUUGGAAAAUCAUAAAGUUCUCAGUAGCUGAUCUGUAAACACAAUUGAAAAAAUGUACCUGCAUGUGAGAAUAGCUAACAGAAUCCAUCAAUAAGUAGCAGAUAAUAUGAUGCUUCACUUAACAUUUAAACAAAUUGAUACAAGAACCUAGUUGACAACUCAAAUAGCAGCUUUUUACUGUACAUACGUAAUUAUGUAUUAUUAAAGAAUGAACUUGACAAGUACACAACAGACAACAGAAUAUAAUCUUUUGAAGAAAUCGCUAAAUACAUUUUUGCAUAAUAUACAUAUAGUUCUUUUUUACUGCUCUUGUUUGUGUGUUGCAUUGCAUGAUGAUUACAAAAAUCCAAGAGUUGAUUAUCCACACGUGUACCGGUUCAAUAAAAAAAUAAAAUAUAAGUGCAAUAAGUCGUGACAAAAACGAACAAACAAAAUCUGAAAUUUUUAAACACUGUAUUUUUGCAAUUCUAGUAGGUUUUUUAAAAAAAAUAACAUGAACAGCGCACUUUUGGAAAUAAUUUUUUGAAACCUUUUAUAAAGUAAUAUGUAAUGAAUUAAUACAAUAAGCCGAUUAGUUACUCCAAAAUUUAUUGGUAUGAGACGGAUUGCUGUGAGUUGGACAUCGGAAGAGUUUCCGUGACGAGAGAUGAAUCAAAAAGGGCUAAAGUUGAGCAUUAUUUUGCUAUUACCUCUACAUAUUUUGACCACGUUGUCUAACAUACAUUUAUAGAGAUGAAUGUCUUAAUUAAAUCCGCAGGAUCAGAAUUGGUAUAUAUUUUAUGUGAAAAUCGAGAUUCUGCGUUUUGCUAAGCAGCCUGAUCUUUCCUUUACCAGUAUAUGGACCCAAUCAAAAGCUACACUCUUAUUGCAACACAAACGUCAGUGUAAUUGUAAGACAAACCUUGACAUCACACAUAAUAAUAUUAACCAUAGUUGCAAUUGCCGAACAGCAUUAUCACUUAUCAAUAAAACUGCUAAGCUUGUUGAACCCGAGAUCGGCUGCUUUCCAAAAUGAGAACCGUUUGAUUUUAGACGCGCGUUGGCAUUCGUUUCGCAAACUACAUCGACCACAAAAGAAACGCAUUCACGGUUGCUUUUUGUCGCAGCAGCUUACCUCUGUUUAUGUGUUCAGUGUCAACCAGUGAUUGAGUUGUGAAGCUUCUUGGACGUACGCCCUGCGCCGCCAGGGUCCUUGUAUUUGUGCUUGUAUGAUUUGCUUCAAAAAGUUGGUCGGAGCAAGUCUAGUGGCGGACAAACCCAGUUCUUCUUGACCGCACAGCAUGGCAAAUACUCUGAUUUGAAAUGAGACAGGAUCAAGCGAUAUUCAUUAAUUGUUUACUGUUCUUGUAAGAGUCAUCACAUGUAUUCAAAUAGGACUACACAAUAUAUGAACUCUACAAAACGCC